GAGAAUUUUUUAGAGAAAAAAGGGAGUUUCUUUGAUGAGUUUUGGGGGAUUUUUCGAUAACAGCCCCGGUGGAGGCUUUGGGUGUGCAAGGAUUUUGGCCGACAUCUCUUUUAGCAACAACAUGCCUCACCUCGUCUCUCCUUCUCUUCCUAAGAACAUAUUCAACUCUCCAGGCCUCUCUCUUGCUCUCCAGCAACCGAGUAUAGAUAAUCGAAGAGAUGGGGUUCGAACGAGUGAGAAUUUUGAAGCAAGUUUUGGGAGAAGAAGUAGAGAAGAGGAACAAGAGAGCAGUCCUGGAAGUGAUAACAUCGAUGGCGUUUCGGGUGAUGAUGAAGACGCCGCCGACAACCGACCGAGGAAGAAGAGAUACCACCGGCACACUCCACAGCAAAUCCAAGGUCUCGAAGCGUAUGGUUUCACUUUCAUGUUUUCGAACUGAAGUUUCUUUUUUAGU